AUAUAUUAUUGAAAACGAGAGAAAACAAAUACUGAUGUGAAAUGCACAUAAUGAGUAAUAAAUUAUUAUUUAAAAUCAACACAAGUUCCAUUCAUACUGAAAUUCAUAGACACUAAAGAGUCCAACACACAAUCAGUAUUAAACUGAUAUAAAGUAAGAAAGUGGCCUGUACAAUUUUAAUAUCUUGCACAACAUUUACAUUUUCUGUAAUAAACUUUUUGUUUCUUACAAUACGCACACACACAUACACACAUACACACAUACACACUGACUUCAUGCAUAUUUCUGUACAUAAUGGAACUAUCCUGUAUGAAAUGCCUUCAUAUAUUGUCUGUAUGUUAUCAUGUUAUGAACAUGUGUGUAUGCACACACGUGAUUAUAUCAAGGUCACAAAAUUAAUUAGUGUUAAUUCUAAUUAAAAAUUACUUUUCAGGUGAUGGUUACUUUAAGAUAUUUAGCUAAAGGAGAUUUCUUGUCUGAAGUUGCAGACGUACAUGGCAUAUCAAAGUCAUCAGCAUCCAGAUGCAUAAACAGUGUAUGUGAUGCUAUGUGUCACAGACUUAAUAAUAUACACUUCCCACGUAACAAUGCUGAAGUGAGAGAAGUAAAAGAGAAGUUUUACUCGUUGGCAUCCUUUCCAAAUGUAAUUGGUGCCAUAGAUGGUACAUUAAUACCAAUUCAAGGUAUGACAGGAACUGAUGAAAAUCUGUACGUUUGUCGCAAAGGGUUCCAUGCUUUAAACAUCAUGGCAGUGGCUGAUGCAAAAAUGAGAUUCAUCAAUAUAAAUACAAGAUUCCCUGGUGCAUCUCAUGAUGUAUAUAUUUUAAUGAGUUCCAACAUUCACCGAAUGAUGGAGAACUUGCCAGGAGGGUGGCUUGUUGGUGAUUCUGGAUAUCCCUUGAAAACAUGGCUGAUGACACCCCUCAUUCAUCCAACAAGUCACAAAGAAAUAUCAUACAACAGGGCACAUUGCAAAACAAGAGUCGUCAUUGAAAGGGCAUUUGGUGUCUUAAAAUCCAGAUUCAGAUGUAUCCAUAAAAGUGGUGGAGCAUUACCAUUUUCGCCGAAAAAAUGCUCACGAAUAAUUGAAACCUUCCGUCUGCAUAAUAAAGCAAUAAAUGAAAACAUUCCUUUGCUACAUGGUGGACAUAUACUGCAAAUAAACAACAACCACAUUUGCAGAAAUGUUCCUGACAGACAAGCACAAACAAUUCGCCAGCAACUAAUUGCAAGAUUUUAAAAGCAUAAAGCCAAAUAUGAAGAUGCAUCAUAAAUUGAUUGUAUUGC